ACCCCUCCCUCUCCUCCCUCAUGCCGACGCAGACGCAGCUGCGGCUGCAGUUGCAUUCAACCGAUCGCUGAGCAGCGCCACCUCAUUGACCCGGACCUCCCGUCCGCCCGCCCGUCGGCGUGGACAUGGGCAGCUGCGUGAGCAAGAAGGCCGCCCGCGCCGGCGCCGGCGCCAGGGGCAAGGUGGCAGCCCCGCUCCCGGUCACGGAGAAGGAGAGCGCCCACGCGCUGCCGCCGGUGGCGGAGGUGGACGCGGCGGAGGAGGAGGAGGUCAAGGAGGUGGUGCUGUCCGAGGCGCCGGCGCCGCGCCCGCCGCCGGAGCCGGUCAAGCGGAGGCAGCAGGAGCAGCCGGAGGCCGAGGAGGAGUCGGCGCCGUCCGAGGCGUGCAGCGCCAGCGACGGCACGUCGGUGGAGUCGGCCGCGAAGGCGAAGGCGAAGCUGCAGAAGCUCGGAGUGGAGCGGGAGGCGGAGAAGAGGGCAGCGGCGGACGCGCCCGGCAAGAAGGGGAGGACGGCGCCGGAGGAGAGGGAGAGCAGGCCAAGGGGCGGCGGCAGUACCGCGAACGGGCGCGCGAGGUCGCCGUCGCCCUCGUCGGCGCACAGGCGGCAGCAGCAUCCUCCGGAGCCGCGGCCGCGGCGGCGGGAGCAGCCUCCCGUGGUGUCCGGCAUCGGGUGCCGCAGCGGCCGGUUCUCGCCGUCCGCGGCGAGGCGGGCCGCCGAGAGCACCGUCCGGCGGACGCACUCCGCGCGGGAGGCCGACAUGGCGCUCUCGUCGAAGCGCUCCCUCACCGCCGCCAUCAACGGCAAUGCCGGAGGUUGCUACGGAGGAGGCGGCGUGCUGAGCAGGCGGGACCCCGGCGAGCGGUCCGGCCGGCGGUCGGACUCCCCGACGACGGGUAGGCGCGCGCCCGCCUCCCCCGGCGCGACCCACAGGCCGGCGAGCCCCGCGCGCAAGGCGGCCAAGGAGCAACGACACGGCAGCCCCGAGCCAGCCAGGCCGCGGGCCAGAGACGGCGGCGACGCCGGAUCAGGAGGAGAAGGGGAGCGCAAGAAGGUGGCGGAGGGCGAGCAGGGCGCACUGGGCCAGAACCCCUCGGUGGCCAUGGAGUGCUUCAUCUUCCUCUAGGGAUCAGAGCUAGCUAGGCAGCUAGCUGCUCUCCUCUCUCCUGCUCCGUGUCUGCUUGCUACUCUCCUUCCGUCACUCGCCCAUCUCUUGUUACUUGCUCAGUAACUUGUCGGACAUUUUCAUCGUGUCGUCAUCUCAUCGAUGGCACAUGGCAGGCUACCCAUCGCCGCUUCGCUCACUGUCGCUAA